UUUAGCGUUUUCUUAGCUUCCAAUCAAGGUAGGAAAAUUUAUGUCUUCCUCUGUUGUCUGAAGAACAAAUCAAUACUGGAAAAUGGGUUAUCAUCAAAAACCGCAAAACCUCUCCAAGAACCUUCAACAAGACCUCCUCCUCCCGUCUGUUCUUGUCCUUCGCUCUCCAUCUGUUCCUUCUUUCUUCUUCUCCAAAUCCCAUUUACAAGCUCAUUUCCAUCUCCUAGACCCGCUCGACUCGCCAGAGCCAACUCACUCUUUCCUCUCCCGUCACGCUGCCUCGGUGCUUGCCCUUCUCUGCGUGGCCAGCACGCGCGUCUCCUCGGAAACUCUUUCCCUUCUUCCUUCUUUGAAGCUCGUCGUGGCCACCAGUGCUGGACUUGACCACAUCGACUUAGGAGAGUGCCGCCGACGAGGCAUUGCCGUCACCAGUGCUGGUCAAGUCUUCACCGAGGAUGUUGCUGACUUCGCUGUUGGGCUUCUCGUCGAUGUUCUCCGACGAGUGUCAGCUAGUGAGGGGUAUGUUCGGGCCCGGUUGUGGGCCGAAAAGGGACCAUCCCCGCUUGGUGCAAAGCUGGGUGGAAAUCGAGUUGGAAUUGUGGGACUUGGAAGAAUUGGGUCCGAAGUUGCAAAAAGGCUGAUAGCUUUUGGCUGCAGCAUUGCCUACUGCUCGAGAAAGGAGAAGCCAUCUGUCCCAUACCCUUACUAUCCCACUGUCAGUGAACUUGCGACAAACAGUGAUGCUCUCAUUCUUUGCUGCUCUUUGACAAAAGAAACUCACCACAUAAUUAACAAAGGUGUCAUGGAAGCAUUAGGGAAGGAAGGAGUGAUAAUUAACAUUGGAAGGGGGGCUCUGAUCGAUGAGAAGGAAUUGGUGAAGUUUUUGGAGCAAGGGCAAAUUCGUGGUGCGGGUCUUGAUGUGUAUGAGAAUGAGCCCCAUAUGUCGCAAGAGCUGUUUGCAAUGGAGAAUGUUGUUUUGGCACCUCAUGCUGCUGUCUACACCUUAGAAUCCUUUGCAGCAUUGCAGGAGCUGGUCGUAGGGAACUUGAAGGCUUUCUUCUCCAACAAGCCUUUGCUUACACCUGCUCAACUUGAAUGAAGGGGCUGCCCCUUCUGAUAACACCCUUUUGUGACAAUGUUGAUAUCAUGGUUUAGUCUAAUCUAAUAAAGAAAAUUCUUAUACCUGCAUGGUUUAG